AAUAGUAGCUAAACGGCCCGAUCCAUACAUCCGCGUAACCCUAGCCCCGUUGUAUAAGCUCUCUCUCGCCCCUCCAGCUCGAGCCUUCCCCGCCGCCGCCGCCGCCCCGCACGUCGCCGCCGCGGACGCAUUCUACCCGUCGCCGAGAUGACGAAGCGCACCAAGAAGGCCGGAAUCGUUGGCAAAUAUGGCACUAGGUAUGGUGCUAGCUUGCGUAAGCAAAUCAAGAAGAUGGAGGUGUCUCAGCACUCCAAGUACUUCUGCGAGUUCUGUGGGAAGUUCGCUGUGAAGAGGAAAGCAGUUGGAAUUUGGGGAUGCAAGGACUGCGGGAAGGUCAAGGCUGGUGGUGCUUAUACCAUGAACACUGCUAGUGCGGUCACGGUCAGGAGCACAAUCCGUCGCUUGAGGGAGCAGACCGAAGCGUGAUCCAUAUUUCUUCUCUUAAGGAGUCCUGGGGUUUUUAGUCUAGUCAUGACUUGGGAAUCACUAUAUUGUGGCUAUUUGGCAGAAGAACUCCAGUAUUUUUUGGCUUUUGCUUUAGGAUCUCUAAAUUUUGGAGCUAACUGCUAAGAUUUGUACUUGGUUGCCGUUGCAAAUCUGAGGCUGUUACGUAUGCUCAGAUUCAGUGAGAA